GCCUCAUUGAUCUCUCUUUUCUUGCCCCAAGUUUCUGAAUUCUCUCCAUCUGCAACCAUGACGACUACAUCGGCGAUGGCUCCUCCUCCGCCGCGAAACCCCACCCGUGACCCAGAGCCUGUUCCAGAUACUACAUCGGUUUUAGAUAGCAAUGAAUCCUCCGCUCCAACGGAAACCUCGUCGAUGAAACCUCCGCCUCCCAGAAACCCUAACCCACCUGAUCUCGAGACAAUGGAAGUAGAAAACACCGAGCUAAUUGAAGAACCAAAGGACGAUUUCGUCACCGUAGACGCGAAGAAUCCACCCCGUGCCCGAGCUGCGAAGCAGAAUCCCGUUCCGUACACUAUCCCUGAGUGGAGUGGACCUCCGAGCCACAAAUUCAAGCUUGAAGUCCUCAAGGAAGGCGCCAUUGUCGAACACUUGGACGUGCAUGAGAAAGGAGCUUACUUGUUUGGACGUGACGGUAUCUGUGAUUUUCCGCUUGAGCAUCCCUCGAUUUCUCGGUUUCAUGCAGUACAAGAGAAGUGGAGCUGCAUAUCUAUUCGAUCUUGGAAGCACUCAUGGAACGUUGGUGAACAAGAAUAAGGUGGACAAAAGGGUUUUUGUGGACUUGAAUGUUGGUGAUGUUAUUCGCUUUGGCGGUUCGUCUCGACUGUACAUUUUCCAAGGACCUUCAGAGUUAAUGCCACCUGAGAAAGACUUGCAAUUAAUCAGAGAAGCAAAGUUGAGACUGGCGAUGUCGGAACGAGAAGCUUCACUUCGGCGAGCAAGACAGCAAGCAGCCAUGGCUGAUGGUGUUUCAUGGGGCAUGGGAGAAGAUGCUAUUGAAGAAGAAGAGGAAGAUGUCGAAGAAAUCACGUGGCAAACAUAUAUGGGAGAACUCACGCCGAAGCAAGAAAAAACUAAGGACAAAGUAUUAAAACGUUUGGAGAAGAUUGGCCAUAUGAAGAAGGAAAUAGCUGCUAUUCGAGCUAAAGACAUUUCUCAGGGUGGAUUGACACAAGGACAACAAACGCAGAUCGCCAGGAACGAGCAGAGAACAGCCGAGCUUUUUGAAGAACUUGAGAGCUUGGAGGAGACAUUGAAUGACAGCAUCCGGGAAAGUUUGGGUGCGAAAACAGGGAGAAAACCCAGCAGUAAGAAGAAAGGAACCGUAGAAGAUGAGGAAGACUUCUCAAGUGAUGAAGAUGACUUCUAUGAUCGGACGAAGAAGAAACCAUCAACAAAGAAAGGCAGCGAAAGCCAAACUGUAGAAACUGUCGACUCUCUUCUAGAAAAGAGAGACAAAUUCGUGAAAGAAGUAGAGGAAAAAAAUGAACAGCUUUCGGCAGAGAAGAAUAAGAUGGAGACAGAGACUGUCGCAGAGGUUGCAUCGGGAGACUCCCUUGACGCAUACAUGACCGGGCUUUCUUCUACACUUGUGCAAGAUAAAACAGCCCAGAUCCAGCAAGAGUUGUCUGCUCUUCAGUCAGAAUUGGAUAGGAUAUUGUACCUUCUUAAGAUUGCUGACCCAACCGGAGAAGAGGUUAAGAAAAGGGAAUUGAAGUCACAAGUACCAAAACCGAAGAAAUCUGAAAAACCUCCUGUAGAAAAGAAGAACAGUCCACCUUUAAAGCCAGCUGAUCCUGAUGAGAAUAAAGAGAAAGAAGUGGGCAAAGAUGUAGUGGACUCAGACAAUACGCCUGAAGUUGAAAAGAAAGCAAGUGAAACAGCUGAAGAGAAGAAAACCACUGUGUUCGUUCCAUCGAAACCUCAAUGGCUUGGUUCCGCGGCAAACAAAGAAAAAAUUGAAGAGAAAAAACCUGAGAUUGUAGCUGCUGCUACUGAUAGCACAGAUGAUGUUGAUGGGUUUGUUGGCUAUAAAGAUAGGAAGACGAUGAUCGAAGGUGCAACAGGAUUGAUAAUAAGAAAACGGAAGCAAGAAGACAAGAGCAAAGAAGAAGAUGAUAAGUCAAAGGAAAAGCAAGCAGAGGUCAUGGCACAAGACGCAGUUGCUCUCUUGUUGAAACAUUCUGUAGGACGUCAUACAAUCGAAGAAGAUGAAGAAAUUAGUAAAAAGGAAGCACAUAAGCAAGGAAGUGGCCGUAGUAGAAAGAAAAAGAAGACGGAUAAAAAAGUACUUGGUCCUGAUAAACCAGAAUAUCUGGAUGAAAGCACAGAUUAUGAUUCAUCAUGGGUACCUCCUAAAGGACAAUCUGGUGAUGGACGAACGUCUCUUAAUGACCGUUUGGGAUAUUGAUCGGUGAUUUGAGUCCCCAAAAGCUAACCAUGGGAUCGAGGGAAGGUCGAAGUUGCUUAAACAUCUGUCAACUUUUGCAUUAUUCUUCUGGAGAUUUUGGUCGCACACUGUUUCAUAUUGUAAAUUCUUACUUCUUAAACCAAAGAUUUCCUGAUUUCUCUUGUUUUAUUUGUUAUUGUUACUUGUGACUUUAUUUAUGAGUAAUUUUUCUCAUAAAUAUAUAUAUAUAUUAGGGUGGGCCCAUAAGCAAUGCUUACGUCUGUCUCUCUCUCGCUCUCUUUAAAAAGUCAAAAGUGAAUACAAUUUUUAUCCACUCAGAGAGCUUAUCAAAAUUUAGACAGUUCUCAACCUUGUCGCAUGGCUUCUUCUCGAACUUGGAGGUACAGUGUCUUCCCGAGCUUCCAUGGGCCUGACAUCCGUAAGACCUUUCUCUCUCAUUUACGCAAACAGUUUCACUCAAAUGGUAUUACGAUGUUCAAUGAUCAAGGAAUCGAGAGAAGCCAUACCAUAGCCUCAAAGAACUAUGCUUCCUCGAGCUGUUCUUGCCUUGGAAACGCCGUAUCUUAAUAGAUGCUGAAGAGAUAUGCGAUGUCCAUACAGACUAUACAAAUUGUGUCAGGGAUAUCAUUUGAUGUAUCUAGAAUCGGCGAAGUUUCUUUAAGCAAGAGAGCUUUUAAAAGAAUGCGUCAUCUUCAGUUUCUCAGUGUCUUCAAGACAAGAUAUGAUGGAAAAGACAGAGUGCACAUACCGGAAAACAUGGAGUUUCCACCUCGUCUAAGGUUACUACAGUGGAUGGUAUAUCCGAGGAAAAGUCUCUCUCCUACACUUCAUCUUGAAUCUCUUGUCGAACUAAAUAUGGAGUGUAGCCUGCUCGAGAAGCUAUGGGAAGGGACUCUGCCGCUUACAAAUCUCAAGAAGAUGUCUUUGUCAAGCUCAUGGUAUUUGAAGGAACUUCCGGAUCUUUCAAAUGCUACAAAUCUAGAAAGAUUGGAUCUUAUGGCUUGCAAGAAUUUGGUAGAGCUUCCCUCCUCUUUUUCUAAUCUGCAUUAACUAAAGAAGUUGGACAUGAUGGGAUGCAGAAAGCUACAAGUUGUUCCACUUGACAUCAACUUGAGAUCCCUUGAAUCGGUCAACAUGUAUGGAUGCUCACGGUUAAGAAGCUUUCCAGAUAUAUCCACAAACAUCACUUCACUCAACAUAUCACACACAGCUGUGGAAGAACUACCUGAAUCAAUUAGGCGGUGGUCUCGCCUUCAUACUCUCGCUGUAUACAAAAACAGAAACCUGAAGACAGUAACACAUGUCCCCAGAAGCAUAACGUCUCUAAACCUAAGCCAGACUGGAAUUGAGAAGAUUCCAUAUGACAUCAAAGAUGUUCAUGGGCUAGAACAGUUAUAUCUAGACGGCUGCAGGAAACUGGCAUCACUACCAGAACUUCCUGGUUCCCUCACAUACCUAUCAGCAAAGAAGUGUGAAUCACUUGAGAGUGUAUCUUUCCCUUUGAACACUGACGGAGGACUCAAUUUCAUCAACUGCUUCAAACUGAACCAAGAAGCACAAAGAGGAAUUAUCCAGCGAUCGUUUUGUAGUGGGUGGGCAUGCUUACCUGGAAGAGACUUGCCCAUUGUGUUAGACCACAGAUCUACAGGAAACUCCAUCACCAUCUGUUUGGAGGGUAAGAGUAUUUCCUCUGCAUUCUCCGGAUUUAAGGUUUUCCUCGUGAUCUCUCCUAACAAAGAUGCUGAAAAAGAUAGCGAUCCUGCAUUAUAUUGUCGUCGCAUAGGCAAAAGCGGUUGCCACAUUGACGAAACACCGAUUUUUGUUUGUCGUCUCGUCUACCAAAUACAAGCGGAACAUCUGGUUAUGUUUCUUUCACUCUGAUUUGCUCAACAAAAACAAACGCUUUGGAGUGGGUAAUGAGGUGCAGUUUGAAUUCAGCAACAAAUCUCACGCCUACGCGAUUAUCGAGUGUGGUGUUCAAAUCUAUACAGAUGAAGCAGAUAGAAGCAGUGACGGGAGAAAUGAAACAUGAACUAGACCGAGUGUCUAAAGAAGACAAUGACUGGAGCUACGAGUUUGAAACAUCUGAAUUCCCUGACAAGAAUGAAAGUACCGAGAGACUAAUAUGUGACUCGAAAGAAGACAAUAUCGAAGGCUACAACAAACGUACAGAUUGCUGGAGUUGGCUCAUCCUCUGUUUUGAUGUCUCCCAUAUCGCGAGAAGCAUCAGAAGUUUAGUUUGGGGAGGAAGACGAUAAAAGCCAGAGUUUAGUGACAAAGGCGAAUAUCAACCUGAAGAAGUUGAACGAGUAUUUGCAGUGAGGUGUAGGCUGCAGAACCUGAGGAAUGACGAUUUGUUUAUACUCUGCAAUGACAUGUUUGGCUGCAGCAAAAUCAGCGUGAUAGUCUUGACAACGGACAAAACUGAAAGUAGCAACAACAGUGAACUAAGAUUUGGUGCAGAAGAUGAUAGCAAAAGCCACAACUACAACAGGUGGAAAGAUUCUAUUGGAGGAUAAGAGGAAAUCUUGGAAUCAGUUAGUGUUGUGAAAUUAAGUGUAGCAAGACAAAACGGAGGAGAAAGUCUUGGAAUGGUUUAGUAACAUUUGUCAUUCGCAGUGUUCCUUAUUUUCAUUGCAAAACUCGAAUUGUUCUCUGAUUUUUCGCCAAAUGGUUAUGAUAAAACUUUCGUAAUG